AUGCUUUUGAACAGUGUUUCUGUUUUCAGAAGCCUCAGUAUCAUCUUUGCUCUUUCAACUUUGGCAGUUGCAGAAUUUCAAUGGGUAACGGAGUCCGGCAUCAAUGUUUUCGACAUUUACAACCACAACUGCGAGUUUUGUGGACACGGACUACAGUUCCCAACAAUAAAUACCAAGAGAAAAUGCACGUUUGAUAUCGUUUGCAACUGCGCUGCCCAUAUGAAAACCUGUGGUGAUACCUUCACACCGGAUAAACCGUUCUGCGCCAAUCCAGAAUGUGUGUCGUCAUCAAUGGCUCAAUGUCACAAAUGGCAUCCAAUAACUUGUGAAGAGGCGGGCCAUCGUCGGCCAGAUUACCUAGGACCGCCACCAUCACCUGACCCAGAUGAACAAAUGCAACCAUAUACUGGUUGGGCAGAUCCACAACCAGCCCAAGAAAAUCGAAUGAUGGGAUAUGCUCGUCGGCAAGCAGCAACCCAAGGAAAUUCAAUUGCAAAAGUUGGAAGAAAGAUCCUUAGCUUUUUUAAUGCUCAAAAUUAA